AAUAACAGUGGAAAUAUUGCGCAACAAUUUGUGCCAACAUCAAGUCAACUGCAGGUUACAACAACAGAAACUGUUACUUGAAUCGCUACAAGAUGGCAACUUUUGGUCUUUCGGUUGCCCCGAGACACUCCCUGGCCUAUCAUGUUGCUCUCAGCAUGGCCUUGUUGUACCUGGCGAAUGCCAUACCAG